CGCCGCCUUGAGGGGGUUGUCUCUCAGUCAGCGACCCGCCGCCGGCUUCGAUGGGGAAGACAUAUUUCUGCGACUAUUGUGGCCGGUCUUUUCAAGAUAACCUUCACAACAGAAAGAAACACUUGCAGGGAGUUCAGCACCAGAGGGCAAAGAAAUUCUGGUUCGAUUCAUUUCGAGAUAGCGCCACAAUCUUGGUAGAAGAACUUGCCAAAAAGCCUUGCAGAAAGUUUCUACAAUCUGGACAAUGUGAUUUUGGUGCUAAUUGCAAAUUUUCCCAUAUGACAGAUGAGGAUAUUCAGAAGUUGAGACAAAAGGUAGAAGAAGAAAAUACAGUUGAGCAAGAUGACCGACUAAACCCUAACAUUGAUGAAUGGUUGGCAAAGAGAGCCAAAAGAAAAGAAAAUCAUUUGCACAUCAGUGACGUAGAAGUAGAAAAGGAGGAGGAUGUGCCUAUUGUGUAUUGGCUACCUCCAGGAUAUCAUUCAACCCAUGAAUUACCACCAUCUCUACACCCACCGCCUCCUGGAGGUUGGAAGACUGCACUUAAUGUUGAAUGGGGCUAACAACUAAGAAAAAUGUAUUUUUCCAUCAAAUAAUUAAAACAAGCAUGAUUGGUGA